AUGCCUCUUUUGUUCGGGAUCUUACAGCCUGGUCCACCCUACCAUCAGCGACUAGAUCACUCCCCAGGUAUCGUAAGUCCUGUACUCUUUCGAUGCGAAAGCGUCUACGAUUGGCUCCGUGCACUAUUCGGAGCUGAGGAAGUUGGUCUUCUUGACGUUCAGCAGCAGCCGCCAGCGGUUUCUUUCAUUCUGCAGAUUAUCAUGGGAAGCUUCUCUGCUCUCCGCUAUUAG